CCUCGUCCGCCCAUCAGAUCCCCUUGCUCUGCCUCAGCCGCCGCCGGAGCCGCCGCGAUGUCGACGCUGCUGCCCGGCGAGGGCAUGGCGAGGGUGCGCCGCAAGAAGGACUUCCGCCACAUGGAGCGCGUCGACGGCCGCAUGCUCAACGUGCUCCAGGGCCUCGAGCUCCACGCCAACGUCUUCUCCCCCGACGAGCAGGCCAAGAUCGUCACCUGCGUCCUCGACCUCCAGGACCAAGGCCGCCGCGGCCGCCUCCGAGAGCGGACCUACUCGGAGCCGCGCAAGUGGAUGCGUGGCAAGGGCCGGGCGACGAUCCAGUUCGGCUGCUGCUACAACUACGCCGCCGACCGGGACGCCAACCCGCCGGGUAUCGUGCGGGACGAGUCCGUCGACCCGCUGCCGCUCCUCCUCGCCGCCAUGGCGCGCCGCCUCGUGCUCUGGCGCGUGCUCCCGCCGACCUGCGUGCCUGACAGCUGCAUCGUCAACGUUGUUGUUGCCGCUCUCUCUCACGUCGGACUAGAGGUAGAAGAAGAACAAGCACAAUACACUGGAGUUUCACCAGGCUGCACACAUAGCCCCGUUACUAUUCCCAGAGCGCAAAACUCAUCACGACACACAGUCGUGGCCAUGGCUUUUGUAGUACCCCAGCAGCGCAACGCCCAAGUUUUCCAUGCGCACGACGCGGCCAGCUUCACCGGUCGUUGCUAACUACUACCGUGCAUGGCUAGCCCACUAACCAACUGACUCCUUGCGUGUAGGCUGCUAAAUCACAUCCAGCCAACAACCUAGCUAGCUAACUCACACCACCACGCCACACACGUACUCACGCACCUACGAAUCUGACACGGCCACACACCGCCAUACACACACAUACGCCACACUUUUGCUGCGUUCCGCCUGUCCCGCACGCAUCCGACGCGCCCGACAAGCCUGACACCACCAGUGCGCCCCGCACGUUCCGCGCGCAUCCGACGUGCCCGAUGAGCCCGACCACACCACGCGACGUGGCUUAUUCCAACAAACGUCUACGACGUCGACGACUGCAUCCCGCCGCACGUCGACCACCACGACUUCCUCCGCCCCUUCUGCACCGCCUCCUUCCUUACCGAGGCGCCCAUCCUCUUCGGCAAGGACAUGCGGGUGGUCGCCCCCGGGGAGUUCUCCGCCGCCACCUCCAUCCCGCUGCCUGUGGGGUCCGUGCUCGUGCUCAACGGCAACGGCGCCGACGCCGCCAAGCACUGCGUCCCCGCCGUGCCGGCCAAGAGGACUCCAUCACGUUCAGGAAGAUGGACGCCUCCAAUUAAGGUCCCGUUCGGCUUCCGGCCCGACCCGCUGCUGCAGAGCCUCGCGGCUGCUGCGGUCCGGCCGGCGGCUGCUAGGAGCGCGCCCCCUAGCAGAGCAGCCUGGGAGCAGAGCAAUGGCGAGGCGGCGAAGCAUGCGACACCACUGCAGCACCAACCGGCAGCGCCUCUGUACCAGGCUGCUGCUGCCAGGGCGGGACAGACAAAGUCACGGAGCCCCGGCGGCGGCGGCCCUUUCAGCCUCUCCACCGAUGAGUUCCCGGCGCUUGGUGCCUCGCCGGCCAGCGGACGACGGCCGGGAAGGAGAUAAAGAACUUAAUUUUUUUUAAAGAUGAGUCGAAAGAUACCAGAGACAGAGAGUGCAUUUUGUUGGAGCUCAUGUAGUAUUAACAACAUUUAUUCUUUAAUUCGGUGUACUACUGCUCAUCAUAACUUAUUAAACAAACAAAAUAUAAUGAUGAUA